GUUAUAAAAGUGUUUUGGCAAUACUGUUUUUCGUAGUUAAAUUUUUCUCAGAAAAUAUUUACGGCAACAUUCGAACGCACUGAAUGUUCUCAAAACGGAAAAUAUUUAUUCAACCAAUUUAUAUAUUUUGUUGAACCAAAAGACAAAAGACAAGUUGGAAAACACGGAUUCAAUAGGAUUUCCCAAGGAAUCAUCGAAGCAACAAGAACUUAAUGCAGACUUUUAUUUUUUGUUGGAAAAGAGUUUAAAAACUGACAAAUGAGCACCAAACUUCUAAAACACUAAAACCAAACUUUAAAAUAGCUUGUGAUGUUGGUGAGAAAUUAUCUAUUGCGAGCAGCACAAACGCCUGCUGUUCGGCCAUAUUUGACGCAAAUAUCGUGCAAGUACUGCCUUAAAAAAUUAAACACACGAGCUUAUUGUUAAUCGGAAUCAAUCAAUCCGACAUUCUUUUACAAAACGGAGCUUGCCACAAGAAGUUGGUUGGGAUUGGUGUUCUUCGAAAACGCUUUGUCUCCGCCACGUGGACUACUUGAGUUUUAAGUCAGGGAUUCUAUUUGGAACUUCCUCGGUAAACAACAAAAAACUUUUGAUAAAUUAAGAAUUUUUAUUGUCGCGCCAUAUUGUGAAAACCUACAAAAUGUCGGACGACUUUGAACUUGAUUUGGGUACAAGCGAUUUGGACGAGCAUGAGAGGGCCAACCGAACUCCGGUGCCAAUGGAGCCGAAUGAUCGCUACAGCCUGGUGACCAACUAUCUGGGGCAGCUGCAGCCCAACUGGCAGACCGCUGACCACGAGGAGAAUCGGUACGGCAGCUCCGAGGAUGGGGAUGCCACACCGCGAGUGCACACAAGUCCAACGGUCAUACUGCGUAGGGCACCGUUUCCCGUUUCGGAGGGCUCGGAAAUGACCUCCCAGGCGUACUCCUCGCCGAUCGAAGAUGGCGGCUCCGAGGGGGAGGGACGCGACCAGGACUCCAGCCAGAUCAACGGAACGGAGGAGAGCUCCGCUGACUAUCGCAUUGGUGGCUACCAUCCGGUUGCCGUGGGCGACAUCUUCAAGGAUCGCUAUCAUGCCAUCUACAAGCUCGGCUGGGGGCACUUCUCGAUCGUUUGGCUGUGCUACGAUGCGCGAAUGGAGCGCUAUUGUGCCAUCAAGGUGGUCAAGUCAGGUCAGCACUACAUGGAAACGGCCCGGGAUGAGGUUCGCCUGCUGCAGGCCAUCGCCGAGUCCGCCUGGCAUCCCUUGCGCCAUCGCAUUGUCGAGUUCCUCGAUCACUUCUAUAUUAGCAAACAGAACGGAACGCAUCAUUGCCUCGUCUUCGAGGUGCUGGGCGACAAUCUGCUGACCCUCAUCCAGAUGUCCAACUACCAGGGCCUGCCCAUCGGGAACGUCAAGCAGAUCGCCCUGCAGGUCCUCGAGGGCCUCAACUUCCUGCACUCCCAGUGCCGCAUUAUACACACCGAUCUGAAGCCGGAGAACGUGCUCCUCGUGGCCGACGACUCCACCGUCCGCUGCCAGGUCAACCAGGCAGUCACGAAUUUCCUGAAAGGCCAUGGCCAACUCCACAAACAAGGGCAUGGAGAUGGCACUGCCAAGCUGACCAAGACGGCCAAGCGCAGGAGGCGUGCCCAGGCCAAGCGGAGUGUCGCCUUCUUCCAGGAGCACCGCCGGUGGCUCCGCCAGCGUGCCAUCGAGGAUUUGCUGAGCUUGGCCGAGCGCGGACAACUUUCGCCAGUGGCCGCCGCCUUGGGCGUCACUGGGAAGCUGCGCUUCAUGCCCUUCUUGUUCGACGAUCUGGUGAUCCUCACCGACAACGAUAUGGCCGAGCUUCAGCGUUACUUUAUGACCGAGAGGGUGGGCGAUAUGCCAACCGCUCUGCUCAACAACCGUCCGCCACCACAAACGGGUGCGAAUCAAACUGGAAGUGUCAACGCAUCCAAUGCCAAUCCCGGCCAGAAGUCGGAUGGGAGCUUCUCCGCCUUGAGGCUUCUGCUCAAGAGCCCGGAGCAAUUUAUGCGGUAUGUUCAGCAGAAGGUCACCGAAGCGGAUCAGAAGGAGAUGGCUCGCAAUCAGUAUGGCAAGAAGCAGAGGGCUCCGAAGAAGCAUCGAAAGAACGAGAAAAAGAAGAAGGAAUCCAGGAGGAAAUCUAGUUCGGCUAAGAACGAACCUCCGAGGCAAUUCAAAAAGGAAGUCAACAUUCCAUCGAUCUCGCCCGUAGAGCCGGGCAACCAGUUAUACAAUCUUCAACUGAAAAUCGCGGACAUUGGCAACGGAUGUUGGGGUCACCACCACUACACCGACGACAUCCAGACGCGGGAAUACCGAGCGGUGGAGGUGAUCCUCGGAGCGGGAUACAACGAGACGGCGGACAUCUGGAGUGCCGCCUGUCUCUUUUGGGAAUUGGCCACCGGUUGCUACCUAUUCGAUCCGAAAAUGAUGGAAAAGAUGGGCAGGGCUAGCCAGGAUGAGGUGCACAUUGCGUACAUAAUCGAGAUCUGUGGGCCCAUUCCGCAGGAGCUGAUCGAUCAGGGUGACUUUUCGGAUAAGAUCUUCAAGCCGAACGGCGAGUUGCGCCACAUAACCAAUUUGUAUGCGCGUCCGCUGGCCGCCAUCCUGAUCAACCUGUACGGAUGGACGCUGGAGGAGGCCAAGGAGUUCGCCUCCUUUCUGACGCCCAUGCUGCAAACGGAUCCCAGCAGGCGCAUCUCCGCCAGGGGCGCCUUGCAGCACCCUUGGCUGCGACUGGAGGGCGAUAAUAAUGGGAUUCGUAAUCAGAAUCAGAAUCGGCAUCAGAAUCAGAAUCCGAAUCCAAAUUCGAAUCAUAAUCGCAUGAAGACGAACAGGGAGACAACACGUCCUGGAACACCCGAUCCCCGAUGCACCGACUUCACAUCCGUUGACGAGGACAGCGACUUUUAAAUUGUUUCUUUUUCAUCAUCCUUGUAAAAUAUUUUUUUAGGGUAACCGAUCUUGUAUAAGGAUGGUCAAACCUGUCAAGAAUAACAAUUUAAAUUCAAAUAAAGUGCGCCGGCCGUGUA